CUGGGUAACGGGCCCCAGCGGCAUCAACGGAGGCAGCGUCGUAAUGGACUUAGAGGAGGCGAGAGAGUUCCGAGAGCGCUGCACUCAGUGCGCUGCUGUGUCCUGGGGUCUGACCGACGAAGGCAGAUAUUACUGUACUUCUUGCCACAAUGUUACAGAAAGAUCUAAGGAAGUUUUAAGCACUGAGGCCAUUCCCAACACCAAGAUACAAGCCAUCAACCGGGGCCUUAAAAGGAAAAAGAAACCGGAGAGAGGCUGGGACUGGUAUGUGUGCGAAGGCUUCCAGCACAUCCUUUGCCAACAAGCGGAGGCCUUACAAAUGCUUGGAGUGAGCCCAGAGUUAAAGAGUCCAGUUCUGCAUAAUCUCUGGAGGCGCUACCUUCAGAAGAGCAAGCUGGCGUACUGCAGGAACCCGGUUUACGCCAGCAGAAGGGCAGCCGAGGUCUCAGAAGACACUCCGAGUCACUCAGGCUGGGACAGUGAGCCUGAGCUGCUGAGCGACUUCAGCGGCCCUUCCAUUUUUGACAGCGGAGCAGAGUCUCAGCCCGAUGGCCCCACCUGGAGGCCUUUGCCCACCAGCAGAGCAUCACAGUCAGAUAUGUCAUCCGUCUGCUCCGGGUCUCUUGACGGCGUCGAGUACUCGCUGCGGAAGGCGAAGGGGACCGUGAAGAUGUCCCUGCCGGGGACGCUCGCCCUCUGUUCCCUGUCGUUGCUGUGGCAGAGAGAGGCGGUCACCCUCUCGGAGCUCCUGAGGCUCGUAGAGGAGGGCCACGUGCCGUACAUGACCGCGUUCCAGCGCUUCCCAGAGGAGAUGAAGCUGUACGGGCGCGACAAGGGGAUCUUCGCGGUGGAGUCGUGGCCUACGUAUGAGGAUAUCUAUAAACACAUGGUUGAAGUGGCCGUGUUUUUAGAUCUGCCCCGUUUCCCAGACAUCACCGAAGACUGUUAUCUCCACCCAAACGUGCUGUGUGUGAAAUACCUGAUGGAAGCCAAUCUCCCUGAUGAAAUGUACAACUUCACCUGCCAGGUGGUAAAAAUGGCUGGAAUAGGAGAAGUGGAUUUUCUGACAUUUGAUCCUAUAGCUAAAAAGAAAAACACCGUUAAAUAUGAUAUUCAAGCCAUGGCUGUCAUUGUAAUAGUGUUGAAACUGCUCUUUUUAUUGGAUGACAAUUUAGAAUGGUCUUUGUCUGCCGCUGCUGAGAAAUAUAAUGAAGAGAACAAGGAAGAUAAGCCAUGGUUUGAUUUCAGAAAAUGGUACCAAGUCAUGAAGAAAUCUUUUGAUGAGAAAAAGCAAAAAUGGCAGGAAGCCAGGGCAAAGUACGUGUGGAAAAGCGAGAAGCCGCUCUACCACUCCUCCAUCGACAGAUCGGUGGCGUUUAAAAGAAGGGAAAUGGUGGUCAGUCUGCAAAAGCAGUUUAGUGCAUUGGCUGACUCGACACCAACUGUCGCCAAAAAAAGCCCUUCGAGUUUUCAGUUCAACUGGACGGGAGACGCGGAUGGGCCUUGUUUCCACGGACACAGCCUCCAGGGGGCCCUGGAGAAGAGGGGCCGGUCACAGUCGCUGACGACCAGGAACGCCCUGUACUGGCUGAGCACACAGAAGUUCUGUAAAAGCUAUUGUAAACACGUGACAACCUAUGAAGAAUCAAACUUUUCUCUGAGUUAUCAGUUUAUACUAAAUCUCUUCUCCUUCCUGCUAAGAAUAAAUGCCUACUUCCUCCAUGAAGAAGUGAGCUUAAUUGAAAAGAGACUUUUUAAAACAAAAUACAGUAAAGCAAAAAAGAAAUCUUCAAGAUCCAGGAAAGUGAGAAAAUGAGAAAAAUAAAAUAGAAACUUUCUUGGGAAAAUAUUUUAUUAGUAACAGUACUGUCAAAUUGUAAUACAGCAUUCCAGAGAAUUAUGGAAAAUAGAAUUUUUUGCAUAUAUACCCAUGUGUAGAGAGACAUGCAACAUAUAUUACAUAUGGAGAUUGUGCUUAUAAAAUGUAUAUUGGAAAACAAACGAGCUUUGAAUGCAUUUUUUAAAUUAUAAAUAUUCUUUGAGAAAAUUAAAACAACAGUGUUAUAUAAGUGGUAAA